CUGGGAAUGACCCAGUAGGAAAUGUAACAAGACCUAAAGGUGACUGGUCACAUUGUAUCCAGUGUCAGAGUACAGAGAGGGUCGAGUGCUGGAGCUCAGAUCUCUUUCUUCUUUAUUCAGGCUGGGCCUCUUACACUUGGAAAGGCACCAACCAAGUUCAUGGUGGGUGUCCCCACCCCAGGUUACCUCUUCUGAAGCACCUCACAGUCACACAUGGAGGAGUCGUGUGGCUGGAACUUGUCCUGGCUUCCCUGCUGGGCUUUGUCAUCUACUGGUUUGUCUCCCGGGACAAGGAGGAGACCUUACCACUAGGAGAUGGAUGGUGGGGGCCGGGGUCAAAGCCAUCAGCCAAAGAAGAUGAGAGCAUCCGGCCCUUCAAGGUGGAAACAUCAGAUGAGGAGAUCAAGGACUUACACCAGAGGAUAGAUAGGUUCCGGGCAUCCCCACCUUUGGAGGGCAGCCGCUUCCACUAUGGCUUCAACUCCAUCUACCUGAAGAAAGUGGUGUCCUACUGGAGGAUCGAGUUUGACUGGAGGAAGCAGGUGGAGAUCCUCAACCAGUACCCUCACUUCAAGACCAAGAUCGAAGCGAAGUAUCCAGAGAUAAAAUCCUUGAUGAAGCCCGACCGUAACCUGAUCUGGAUCGUAACCGCAAUAGUUCUUACCCAGUUGGCUUCACUUUACUUAGUCAAAGACUUGGACUGGAAGCGGCUCAUAUUUUGUGCCUAUGUAUUUGGUGGCUCUAUUAACCACUCACUAAUUUUAGGUUCUCCUGAGAUCUGUCAUAAUUUCCCCUUCGGCCACCACAGGGCCCUGUGGAACCGCUGGUUUAGAAUAUUUGCGAACCUCCCUAUCGGGGUUCUGUAUUCGAUUUCCUUUAAGAGGUACCACAUGGAUCAUCACCGGUACCUUGGGGCGGACGGCAUCGAUGUGGGUGUUCCUCGUGAUCUUGAGGGCUGGUUCUUCUGCACCACUUUCAGGAGGCUGGUCUGGGUUGCUUUCCAACCACUCUUUAUUACUUUUCGGCCUCUAUUUAUCAACCCCAAACCAAUUUCUGACCUGGAAACCAUCAAUGCUGUUGCUCAGAUCGCUUUUGACCUGAUAGUUUACUCUGUUUUCGGAAUUAAAUCUUUAGUCUACAUGCUGGCAUCCUCCAUGCUUGGUCUGGGUUUGCACCCAAUUUCUGGCAAUCUUAUAGGGGACCAUUGCCUCUUCUUAAAGGAACACAAGACAUUCUACUAUGGGCCUCUGAACUUACUCACCUUCAAUGUGGGCUAUCCCACCGAACACCAUGACUUCCCCAACAUUCCUGGAAAAGACCUGCCCUUGGUGAGGAAAAUAGCGGCUGAAUACUAUGAUAAACUCCCCCAUCACAUCUCCUGGGUCAAAGUGCUGUAUGAUUUUGUGAUGGACAACACAAUAAAUCCCUAUUCACCGAAGAAGAUGCUUCCAGAAGGGAAAUAGAUUUCGCAGCAAACACUGUCAGAGCCAAAGCAAGUUCUGCAAAGAUUUUUUAAUUGCUGGUAAUGUGGAUUUCUUUUCCUUGCUAAAAUUAAGAGCUGUCAGAAGCCAUUUAGUAAAGGCUAUGGCAAGCAGUUUUCUGGUGAUGACCUACUGAUUUGCGUGGCUGUAAUGGGUGCACUCUGAGAUGCAGGAUCCUCAGAAACUUCACCCCAGAGUUGCUUCUUGCAUCCAAUAUGCAUUUCCUGCCAGUCUUUUGUAGCCUAAUGAUUCUUGGGCAUCUACAAACCCUAUUGGGCAGAUUUUCUGCAGAAUCCAUACGAAGAUGAUACUGUCAUGUAGUAAUGCUGUGUAGAUGAAUUGAUGACUUCAUAAUUCCUGAUAAUAACUUUAUAGAACUCCUAAAUUGAUACAAGUAGCCUAAAAUCCCCUAUAAAACAAAAGCUGCAAAUGGAGCUCUGUAAACCUUCAUGUGUCACAGGCUAAUUGCAUUAGAGAAAGAAAAUAGGCUUGGAACAAAUUUACAGUGUAGGAGAACAUCCCUUCAAGGUUAGGAAUGAGGCCCCCUAUCUGGUAACUAGGGGUCAUAAACUGGGAAUGGGAAAUUUAUUGUAGGUGCAAGGAUAAAGCAUAAAUGAUGGACUAGUAUAUACAAGUCUUCAAAAUAAUAAGACACAAGGCAGAUGAUAUGUCUCUUGACAACUAUGUUAACUUAUGCUAAUUAAUGCCAUAAAAAUUAUUGCUUUAAACUUUUAAUGAAUUUAUGAAGCUAGUAUCAGAUACUGAAUGUUUAGUCAGGUACAAAAAUUAAUGCUUUAAACUUUUAAUGAACUUAUGGAUCUAGUAACAUAUAAGGAAUGUUUAGUCAGGUACAAGCCUAAUGGAAAGACAUAAACAAUUCUGUUGUAAUUGCUUAAACCUUAUUGAUCUAUCAACUUAUGGAAUGUAAAAAUGUUUAGAAAACCAUGUUAUCAAUUAUGAGAAAGUAUAAAAAUAUAAAAACUAAGAACAAUAAUAAAAUGGCAGUGCAGCCUUCUUUAGCUUCAUCCAAUAUGUGUAUAUCUAUGAUGUGUGCCUUUCUUCCUUUCUUCCUUUCUUCCUUUCUUUUUUCUUUCUUUCUCUCUCUCUUUCUUUCUUUCUUUCUUUCUUUCUUUCUUUCUUCUUUCUUUUUCUUUUUCUUUUUGUUUGUUUGUUUCUGUCUCAUGAAGAGUUAAGGAACUCCUCCAAGCCUCUGGCCUGGUUAGUGAGAGGCCCAAGUCAAAGAGAACAGAACCCAGGUAAUUAAGUUUCCUUUUUCCUACUGCUAUCAGCAGGAGUUAAUUGUCAGAAGCCAGCUGCUUUGGGCCCCAGAGAUAGAAAGAGAUAAAUUGUCAAAAGUAAACAGCUUUUGGCUCUGAUCACCCCUUUGCUGCCUUUCUUGAGGAACUGGAUGGCACUAUGGCCCCGACAAAGAGCAGUGAUGCUCGGAAACUGCCCCAGAAGAAUUUCACCCCCAUGUCAAGAAGCUGUUCAGGUUUCCAGGCAGCCUGACUCUGUUACAGAGCUCAACUGGGGGCUUGUCCAAUUACAAUCCCAGAGAGGAUGUCUAUCCAUGUCUGUCAUUUUGCAAGAAUAUCAUAAAACUACCUAUUUCUACUCUAUAAUUUUUAUCACAAAUUUUACUUUUAAAAUAGCUGGUGACCUAAGUUGUUAAUCAUAGUAUAUCAAUAUCUAUUGCCCUUUUUUGUAUUUUUUUAUUACAUAUGGCUACCUGACUACUAGAAGAAAUUUAUUUUAAACCUUCCUUUCAAAAAGAGGUUGUUGUGUUUUGUUGUGUUUUGUUUUGUUGUGUUUUGUUUUUUUUUUAAGGUCAAGAGGUAUGGUGGCACACACAGCACAGUCACAGCAACAAGAAGGCUACAUAAGAGAAUUGAUGUGCUCAAGGGUUUGGAGCCAUUAGCCAACACUCAGCUUCAUUUUCCACCUGUGUAGACACUUACCCUAGCAACACCCCAGGUGGGCUGAUGAUGGGCAGUUGGUCUCCAGAGGCUGGUUGUUAGUCCAGCAGUCCAGAUUACCUCAAAAGCAUCACACAGGCCCUAUGACAUAAGGAAAUAUGAUACAAUGUAAGCAAAUGUUUUCAAAUUACUAUCAGUCACAAGUGCCAGUUCUUAAAGUGUCAAGGCAGGCACAGACACUUGACUAUGGAGUCCUCUGUAGGGUUGAUGAAUUCAAUGAACUGUUCCAGUGUCACCCCCAAAGCACACUGGACUCCUUUCCAACCUUCUCAUCCAGAGAUAUUACUACUAUCAUUCACUAGCUAUUGAUUUAAUGUUCUCUAGCCCCCCAAACCUAGCAAGGGCAGGGCUAAUUACUUGAUAAAUUCAAUGAAAUCA